UUUGCAGUUGAGUAUUCCCACCACUCUUACCUAGCUUAUAAGUGGUCUCCUUCUUCCCACUUGCUCUCUCACUAAAAAACACUCCAUUAAUUAUAUUUCAUGGAAUCCAAAGGCCAAGGCCAUACACAAGAUGGGACAGUGGAUCUUCAUGGUCGUCCUGUGCUUGCCUCCAAAACUGGGAAAUGGAAAGCUUGUGCCUUUCUUGUUGGGUAUGAAACAUUUGAGAGGAUGGCUUUCUAUGGAAUAGCUUCAAAUUUAGUGAAUUACUUGACAACACAACUUCAUGAAGACACAGUUUCAUCAGUGAGGAAUGUGAACAACUGGUCAGGUUCAGUGUGGAUCACUCCAAUUCUUGGUGCUUACAUAGCAGAUACUUACGUGGGUCGAUAUUGGACUUUCACUGUGUCUUCUCUUUUUUAUGUCAUGGGAAUGAUACUACUAACAAUGGCUGUUUCAUUGAAAUCUAUGAGGCCAACAUGCAUAAAUGGAGUAUGCAACAAGGCUUCUACUUCACAAGUUGCAUUCUUCUACUCAGCUCUCUACAUUGUGGCAAUAGGUGCAGGAGGAACGAAGCCUAACAUAUCAACUUUUGGUGCAGACCAAUUUGAUGAUUUUAACCCCCAUGAGAAAAAGCUCAAGGUCUCCUUCUUUAACUGGUGGAUGUUUAGCUCUUUUUUGGGAGCCCUAUUUGCCACACUUUGUCUUGUUUACAUACAAGAGAACAUGGGAUGGGGUUUAGGGUAUGGUAUCCCUACAGCUGGCCUUCUAUUAUCCCUAUUCAUUUUCUAUUUAGGGACUCCACUUUACAGGCACAAAGUUAGAAAAACUAAGAGCCCUACAAGAGAUCUGAUUCAAGUCCCCAUUGCUUCUUUUAAAAACAGAAAGCUUCAGCUCCCCAGUGAUCCCUCAGAGCUUCAUGAAUUUGAGCUCCAGCAUUAUAUUGAUAGCGGAAAACGCCAACUCUAUCCCACCCUAAUUUUUAAGUUCUUGGACAAAGCUGCAAUAAAAGAUAUCAACACAAGUGAUAAUUCAAGCCCACCAUGCACAGUGACUCAAGUUGAAGGGACCAAGCUAGUCCUUGGGAUGACACUGAUAUGGCUAGUGACCUUAAUUCCAAGCAUCAUAUGGGCACAAGUCAACACUCUUUUCGUCAAACAAGGAACCACCAUGGACCGUAGCCUUGGCUCUAAUUUUCAAAUACCAGCUGCUUCACUAGGGAGCUUUGUUACACUCUCUAUGCUUCUCUCUGUCCCAAUGUACGAUCGUUUCUUUGUUCCUUACAUGCGUAAGAAAACUGGGAACCCAAGAGGAAUCACACUUCUUCAAAGACUUGGAAUUGGAUUUGCGAUCCAAGUUAGUGCCAUAACAAUAGCUUAUGCAGUUGAACUUAGAAGAAUGCAUGUGAUAAGGCUACACAACAUCAUGGGACCUAAACAAAUUGUCCCAAUGAGCAUAUCUUGGCUAUUGCCUCAAUAUAUUCUAUUAGGAGUUGCAGAUGUGUUUAAUGCAAUUGGGUUGCUGGAAUUCUUCUAUGAUCAAUCUCCUGAAGACAUGCAAAGCCUUGGAACCACUUUCUUCACUAGUGGGAUUGGAGUUGGGAAUUUCUUGAACAGCUUUUUAGUGACAAUAGUUGAUAAGAUCACAGGGAGAGGAUCAGGAGGCAAGAGUUGGAUUGGAAACAACUUGAAUGAUUGUCACUUGGAUUAUUAUUAUGGGUUCCUUUUGGUUAUAUCUACUCUUAAUUUGGGAGCCUUUGUGUGGGCUUCAAGCAGAUUCAUAUACAAGAAGGAAAUCAUAGCAGUUGAUAAUGAAGGUUGUGUUCAAGUGGAAGGGAAGAACUUGGACACAUCUACUUUAGAUUUACAAGUAUAAUUAGGUUAUGGAGAUUGAAAUAUGAUUAAUUAAUUAAUCACCAUCACUCUCCUUGUAAGAUAUGAGUGUUAAUUUUAGGUUCUUUGUUUUGUUGUUUUAAUCCCAAAUGUAAAUAUUAUAUCUUCCAUAAUAAAUUAGCCCUAGUUUGAGAUAAA